AUGCUUACAUUGGUGGAAGGGCAAAAACAAGUGAAGGCACAAAUCCGAGAUUUACACAUCUCUCUAGACAAGAGGAGCCAAGAUAUUCAAAGAAGAGCUAGAGGGCUUGAAGACAAAGUAGAUGGAGUCUCCAAGGAAGUCAAGGAUUUAACCACUCGCUUAGCCAACUUGGAAGAGAAGGUCUUGACCGAGCAAAGACGACCGUUCCUAAGCACAACAUGCCGCGCCGUCUUUACUAUAAGAGAGACCGACCCAAGAGUGAUUUGGGAUGAAGAAGAAAGUAGAGCUGAUCAAGAAAGAGCCACAAGGCUAACCACUGGAACAAGAGAGAAGAUAGCACCAAAAGGAAGAACCCUUACUCAAAGGUCUUCACAACCGCCUCCCACCAAGGAGAAGAGGAAGACAAGAUCAUCACUUGAAGAGAUCAUAGAUGAUUUCAACUUUAUGGCGAGGAGAUUCCCUUAUGGUGUGCCGUUUGAUAAUGCUUGCAACAAGAGUCCAUUCAUGCAAGACCUAGCUUGGACACAAGAUUGGAGUCUAGCUGAAAUGGAAAAGAUGUACGAGGAAGCAAGAAAGGGGAUGCCUAAACCUAGGUUUCUACACAAGCUUCAUGACCCAGCUAGCUGA